GUUUGUUCAAUCGAAAUCGAAAAAAGCUAAGAUCUUCCUAUGAAUUUGUGAUCUCUCAUAAGACAGCUGUUGAGUUGAAGCUGCAAUGCAAGGCGAAUUAGAUAGAGAAGAAGAGGUUGUCAUCGGAGAUGGAGUUCCAUGUCUUCCGGCGGAAAAAGCUUCAGAGUUAGCUGUCGGAGCACAGUCUUCUCCUAGAGCUAAAGGUCGAGCUUCAGGACGGCGUCGGAAACGAAGAAGAGUCAGACAUGAAGAAGAGGAGGAUGAAGAGACUGAAAUGGUGCAUGAGCCUGACAUCGAAGAUGACUGCGCCGUGUAUGGUGAUGAAGACUGUGAUGCUGUUGAUGAUGUAGUUGGUGGUAGAGAUAACAAUGUUGUUGAUGAUGCAGUUAAUGGUGGAGAUAACGAUGAUAAUGGUGGUUUAGCUGUGGAAGACAAUGUUAACAUGGAAGCAGAUUUUCCCGAAGCUUUAAGAGGAGACGAAGGUGGUACUGAUUCUGACAGUGGAGAUGAUAUCUGGGAGGAUGACAAGAUUCCAGAUCUUUUGUCAUCAGACGAUGAAGAUGAAGACAGAGCCGAAGAAGAGGGAAAUUAUAGUGAUGAAGAGGAUCCAGAGGUGUUGCUAGCUCUGGAGAAAACUUUCAACACUCCUGAUGACUUCAAGCUAGCUCUUUUGAGAUACUCUUUAAAGACAAGGUAUGACAUUAGACUCUAUAGGUCUGAAGCUUUGAUAGUUGCUGCAAAGUGUUGUUAUGUUGGUGAUGAUGGUGUUCCUUGUGGCUGGAGAGUCUAUUGUUCAUAUGAGAAAACAAAACAUAAGAUGCAAAUAAGAGCUUAUGACAAUGAGCAUAUCUGUGUUAGAUCAGGCUAUUCAAAGAUGUUGAAGCGGUCUUCAAUUGCAUUGUUGUUUGAGGAAAGGCUGAGAGUGAAUCCAAAACUUACAAAAAACGAGAUGGUUGCUGAAAUUAAGAGGGAAUACAACUUGGAAGUAACUCCGGAUCAGUGUGCUAAGGCGAAGACCAAAGUACUGAGAGCAAGACAUGCUAGUCAUGAUGAUCACUUUUCAAGAAUAUGGGAUUAUCAAGCUGAGGUUUUAAAGCAGAAUCCAGGGACAGAGUUUGAGAUAGAGACAGUUCCAGGGCCUGUUAUUGGAAGCAAGCAGAGGUUUUAUAGGUUAUAUAUAUGUUUUAAAGCUCAAAAGGAUUCUUGGAAGCAAACAUGUAGACCUGUGAUAGGAAUUGAUGGAGCCUUUCUCAAAUGGGAUAUAAAGGGUCAUCUUCUAGCUGCUGUUGGAAGGGAUGGCGAUAAUAGGAUUGUUCCUAUAGCUUGGGCAGUUGUAGAGAUAGAAAACGAUGAUAAUUGGGAUUGGUUUAUGAGACACCUCUGUGCUAGCUUGGGACUCUGUGAAAUGCAACAUCUAGCAAUCAUUUCAGAUAAACAGUCGGGCCUAGUCAAAGCUAUCCAUACUAUACUCCCAGAAGCUGAGCAUCGACAAUGUUCAAAACAUAUAAUGGACAAUUGGAAGAGGGACAGCCAUGAUAUAGAACUCCAACGUCUCUUUUGGAAAAUUGCCCGCAGUUACACCAUAGAAGAGUUCAACAAUCAUAUGGAAGAGUUGAGGAAGUACAAUCCUCAAGCUCAUACAACUCUGCAGCUUACUAGUCCAAUGACAUGGUCAAGAGCCUACUUUAGAAUAGGGACAUGCUGCAAUGACAACCUCAAUAAUCUGAGUGAGUCUUAUAAUAGGACUAUCAGACAGGCUAGGAGAAAACCUUUGUUGGAUUUGCUAGAAGACAUCAGGAGGCAAUGCAUGGUCAGAACUGCAAAGAGGUAUAUCAUUGCUGACAGAUUGAAGACAAGAUUCACAAAGAGAGCCCAUCUUGAGAUUGAGAAAAUGAUAGCUGGGGUUAGAAAUUGUGAGAGAUAUAUGGCCAGAAACAAUUUGCAUCAAAUAGAAGUGAAUGGUGUUAGCUACUUUGUAGAUAUGGAGAAGAAAACUUGUGGUUGCAGGAAGUGGCAGAUGGUUGGGAUCCCUUGUAUUCAUGCGGCAUAUGUGAUUAUAGGAAGAAGAGAGAAGGUUGAAGACUAUGUCAGCGAGUAUUAUACAAAGGUCAUGUGGCGAGAAACAUAUGAGGAUGGUAUUAGGCCUGUCCAAGGGAUGCCAUUGUGGCCUAGAACCAAUAGGUUGCCUGUCUUACCACCACCAUGGAGAAGAGGCAACAGAGGAAGGCCUAAUAACCAUGCUAGAAGAAAGGGAAGAAAUGAGACUGCUUCUUCUUCAAAUAAGAACAAGAUGUCACGGGGAAAAAGAAUCAUGACAUGCUCUAACUGUCUGCAAGAAGGGCACAACAAGCAAAGCUGCAAAAAUGCAACAGUUCUGAAUCCACCACCUAGACUAAGAGGAAGACCAAGAAAAAUGCCGGCGCCACAAGUACUUGCAACAUUUCCUAGUCAAGCUUAUCCUGGAUCACAAGAGCAAGUGCAAGGCUCACAAGGAUCUCAUCUUGGCUCACAAGGACAAGGCCAAGGAUCACAAGCCCAUCUUGGCUCACAAGGACAAGGGCAAGGAUCACAAGCCCAUCUUGGCUCACAAGGACAAGGGCAAGGAUCACAAGAACAUUUUGCAUCACAAGGAUCACAAGCUACAUCAGGUCGUCGAUCACACCGUGCACAAGCUCAUCAAACGCAUGGAGCAGAAUCACAAGCUCAUCCAGAAGCACAACCAGACGCACAACCAGAAGGACAAGGACUUGGUAGAUUUGCAUCAUGGUUUCAGUGUUCCACUUGAGGAAGAUUUUCUGAAGUUUUUUUGUUAUGUCUGAACAAAACCUUUUAAUCGGA